ACAACGAAGAGGGUACCAUUCUGCCGAGCGUCAAGAUAACUCGUCUUUUAUUUAUGCAUUAUUUCGCACCAUCGGGAGUAUAGGGUGCGAUUCGAAGAAGAGGAGAGGAUAAUUUACCCUUUCUUUUUAAUAUUCCUUAUAAUCUCCUCCUUUUCCCCUGCCUCUCCAUAGUCUAUUUGAUGCAGUAGAAGGACUGACGGUUGAGGUCUAGAGCAGGUGUGUGUGUGAGAGAGAGAGAGAGAGAGAGACCCCAGCGGCCGCUCCUCUCUCGGUCCUCUCCAGUGUCCAAAGAGGAAAUGUCGAGCGAGAAGCCGACUUCUGCACCUCCACUGUCGGAUCCAGACCGAGACCGAGCCGCUCUUCCCCCGGGCCCCGGCCAGCCCCAGGUCGUUACGGACGCUGGCUCGGCUCCCAUCGGGGACAGGAUGGUCUCUGGAUCCGGAUCCAUGGUGCUCCCGGCCGGGGUGAUCAACCCCGCCGUGCCGAUCAGGAAUAUCCAAAUGAAAUUCGCUGUACUGGUCGGCCUCAUUCAGGUUGGAGAGGUUAGCAACCGGGACAUCGUCGAAACGGUUCUCAACCUGCUGGUGGGAGGUGAGUUUGACCUAGAGAUGAACUUCAUCAUUCAGGACAGUGAGAGUAUCGGCUGUAUGGUCGACCUGCUGUCUCACUGCGAAGUCACCUGCCAAGCUGAGGUGUGGUCCAUGUUCACAGCCAUCCUGAGGAAGAGUGUGAGGAACCUUCAGACCAGCACAGAGGUGGGCCUUAUACAACAGGUCCUGUCCAAGAUGAGCUCUGUGGACGACAUGAUCGCAGAUCUGCUAGUGGAUAUGCUGGGGGUGAUGGCGAGCUACAGUAUCACAGUGAAGGAGCUGAAGCUUCUCUUCAGUAUGCUGAGGGGAGACAACGGUAUCUGGCCAAGACAUUCUAUCAAGUUGUUGUCUGUGUUGAACCAGAUGCCUCAGAGACACGGUCCAGACACCUUCUUCAACUUCCCUGGUCGCAGUGCAGCGGCCAUAGCGUUGCCACCCAUCGCUAAGUGGCCUUACCAGAACGGCUUCACUCUCAACACCUGGUUCAGACAAGAUCCCCUCAACAACAUCAACGUAGACAAGGACAAACCAUACCUCUACUGUUUUCGGACCAGUAAAGGUAUUGGUUACUCGGCUCACUUUGUGGGGAACUGUCUGAUCGUGACAUCCCUCAAGUCCAAGGGGAAAGGCUUCCAACACUGUGUGAAGUACGACUUUCAACCCCGCAAGUGGUACAUGAUCAGCAUCGUCCACAUCUACAACCGCUGGAGGAACAGUGAGAUCCGUUGCUAUGUCAAUGGUCAGCUGGUCUCCUACGGCGACAUGGCCUGGCACGUCAACACCAACGACAGUUAUGAUAAGUGUUUUCUGGGUUCGUCAGAGACGGCGGAUGCUAACAGGGUGUUCUGUGGUCAGCUGGGGGCCAUCUACGUGUUCAGUGAGGCUCUCAACCCUGCUCAGAUCUUCGCCAUACACCAACUGGGCCCGGGCUACAAGAGCACCUUUAAGUUUAAGUCGGAGAGUGAUAUCCACCUGGCGGAGCACCAUAAGCAGGUCCUGUAUGAUGGGAAGCUAGCCAGCUCCAUCUCUUUCACCUACAACGCCAAGGCCACCGAUGCACAGCUCUGUCUGGAGUCAUCACCCAGAGAGAACGUAUCAAUCUUCGUACACUCACCACACGCACUCAUGCUGCAGGAUGUGAAGGCCAUAGUGACCCACUCCAUCCACAGUGCCAUCCACUCUAUAGGAGGAAUACAGGUUCUCUUCCCUCUCUUCUCUCAACUGGACUACACACAACUCAACGACAGCUCUGUGGACACCACUGUGUGUGCCACCCUGCUGGCCUUCCUGGUUGAGCUGUUGAAGAGCUCCGUGGCCAUGCAGGAACAGAUGCUGGGAGGGAAAGGAUUCCUGGUGAUCGGAUACCUGCUGGAGAAGUCGUCCAGGGUCCACAUCACCAGAUCGGUGCUGGAGCAGUUCCUGUCCUUUGCUAAGUACCUGGACGGGUUAACCCACGGAGCGCCGCUCCUCAAACAGCUGUGUGACCAUGUCCUCUUCAACGCUGCCAUCUGGAUACACACACCCGCCAAGGUCCAGCUGUCCCUGUACACCUACCUGUCUGCGGAGUUCAUUGGCACGGCGACCAUCUACACAACCAUCCGUCGUGUUGGCACCGUGCUGCAGCUGAUGCACACGUUGAAGUAUUACUACUGGGCCAUCAACCCACUGGAGAGCAGCGGCAUCACGCCUAAAGGACUGGAUGGACCGAGGCCGUCCCAGAAGGAGAUCAUCUCUCUCAGAGCCUUCAUGCUGCUGUUCCUCAAACAACUCAUACUCAAGGAUCGGGGUGUGAAGGAGGACGAGCUACAAAGCAUCCUGAACUACCUGCUGACAAUGCAUGAGGAUGACAAUAUCCAUGAUGUGUUACAGUUGUUGGUGGCUCUGAUGUCAGAGCACCCCGCCUCCAUGAUCCCAGCCUUCGACCAGAGGAACGGCAUACGGGUGAUCUGUAAACUCCUAGCCUCUAAGAGUGAGAACAUCAGAGUCCAGGCUCUCAAAGUCCUGGGAUACUUCCUCAAACACCUCGGACACAAGAGGAAGGUGGAGAUCAUGCACACACACAGUCUGUUCACCCUGCUGGGAGAGAGGCUGAUGAUGCACACCAACACCGUCAGCAUCACCAUCUACAACACCCUCUACGAGAUUCUGACAGAACAGGUGUGUACCCAGGUGGUCCACAAGCCCCACCCAGAACCUGACUCCACCGUCAAGAUACAGAACCCCAUGAUUCUGAAGGUGGUAGCGACCCUGUUGAAGAGCUCUAGCCCCAGUACUGAACUGAUGGAGGUCAGGAGACUGUUCCUCUCUGACAUGAUCAAACUGUUCAGCAACAGCCGAGAGAACAGACGGUGUCUGUUACAGUGUUCAGUAUGGCAGGACUGGAUGUUCAGUCUGGGCUACAUCAACCCUAAGAGCCCAGAGGAGCAGAAGAUAACAGAGAUGGUCUAUAACAUCUUCAGGAUCCUGCUCUACCACGCCAUCAAGUACGAGUGGGGAGGAUGGAGGGUCUGGGUGGAUACGCUGUCCAUCGCUCACUCCAAGGUAACGUACGAGGCCCAUAAGGAGUACCUGGCUAAGAUGUAUGAGGAGUACCAACGACAGGAGGAGGAGAACAUCAAGAAGGGGAAGAAAGGUUCUGUCUCCACCAUCUCCGGCCUCUCGGCCACGCCCACCCCCGUCGUCAACGGCAACCUGGAGAUCCGCGAGCUGGACGACAACUCCCAGACCCAGACCCCCGAGAGCGAGGCCGAGUACGGAGAGGGAGGAGGAGCAGGAGGGGACUCCAGGAAUCUGCUUGCUGAGGGAGGGGUCGGGUUAGGGUUAGGGUUGGGGGUGAAGGGACCAAACAGAGAGGCUUUGACCCCUGGGGAGCAAGGUCAGGGAUCAGGGGUUAGGGUCGAAGUUCAUGACCUCCUGGUGGAUAUCAAGGCGGAGAAGGUGGAGGCCACAGAGGUCAAACUAGACGACCUGGAUCUGUCUCCAGAAGGGAUGGUGGGAGGGGAGAACGGGCCCCUGGUGGAGGUGGACUCCCUGCUGGACAGCACCUACUGUGCCAUAGUGCAGAAGCUGAAAGGGAACCACGGUAACCUGGUUUCUAAAGAUGACACAGUGGUCACAGGGCUGGGGCUUGGCGCCAUGGAGGAUGAUGGGAACAUGGGUCCGCUCAUCACCCUUGCCGACGAGAAAGACAGUGUCCCUAGCAACAACGGAUUCCUCUUCAGCAAGGUUGAUGAGAAGCUGCUUCCAGCUCUGGCCACCACAGACCCUCUGGUUCUGCCCAGCCUGGACCAGCCCACCCCCUUAGGCUCUGUCCCCAUCCACUCCUCCACCAGCGCCAGCGACGACCUGAGUCUCCUAGCCCACAUGACAUCCUGCAGGGGCUCAGACCUGAGCCAAGCCCAGGGAGGGCUCCCCGAGGACGGGCCCUUCAAGAUCCAGAGCCCCCUGGCUGACAUCAGCUCCAUUGCCCAGAGAGAGAGCCAGGCAGCUGAGAUCCAGGCCCAGUCCCAGGCCCAGGGCUACCCAGAGGGAGAGGGCCCGUCUGGGGCAGAUGGAGAGGCGGCGGGGGGUAAGGCUGGAGGUGACGCGGCGAGCACCACGUCUGAUACAGAAAGAUCUGAUGAUGGGAAGGACAAGGAGAUGAAGAUCCAGACCACGGCCACUACUCAGGCUCUCCACGGUGGUACGGCGGCCCAGUUAGAGCGUGACCUGCGUGUGGACCUGGGCUUCAGAGGGAUGCCCAUGACAGAGGAGCAGCGGCGCCAGUUCAGCCCCGGGCCUCGCACCACCAUGUUCCGUAUCCCAGAGUUCAAGUGGUCGCCCAUGCACCAGCGCCUCCUCACUGACCUGCUGUUCGCCCUGGAGACAGAUGUACACGUCUGGAGGAGCCAUUCAUCCAAGUCAGUGAUGGACUUUGUGAACAGCAAUGAGAACAUCAUCUUUGUCCACAACACCAUACACCUCAUCUCUCAGAUGGUGGACAACAUCAUCAUCGCCUGUGGAGGGAUCCUCCCACUGCUCUCUGCUGCCACCUCCCCCUCUAGUUCUAAGGUUGAGUUAGAGAACAUGGAGGCGACCCAGGGCAUGUCUUCAGAGACGGCUGUGUCCUUCCUGUCUCGGCUCAUGGCCAUGGUUGAUGUUCUGGUGUUCGCCAGCUCUCUCAACUUCUCUGAGAUAGAGGCUGAGAAGAACAUGUCCUCUGGAGGGCUGAUGAGACAGUGUCUACGACUGGUAUGUUGUGUAGCAGUGAGGAACUGUCUAGAGUGUAGACAGAGACAGAGAGAUAGAGGGUGUCUCUCCAAGUCUAACCUGCCCAGCAGCAAGUCGCAGGACAGCCUACAGAGCUCUGCUGCAGCCAGCAAGGACCCAGACAGACUUCUACAGGACGUUGACAUCAACCGCCUUAGAGCAGUCGUCUUCAGAGACGUGGAUGACAGUAAGCAGGCUCAGUUCCUGGCCCUAGCAGUGGUCUACUUCAUAUCUGUCCUCAUGGUGUCAAAGUACCGGGACAUCCUGGAACCACAGAGAGAGAUUGGCAGGUCAAGCAGCCUAUCAGGGAGGAGCAUCCGCCACGAGAUCAACUCCCCCACUAGCACAGAGCACCCGUCGUCCUCUUUAUCUGAGGGUGGUCGGGGGGAGAAGCAGACCCCCACCCCCAUGGAGGACUCUCCGCUGGCCUCUCUGCCCCACACCGACUCAGGCAUUGGGGAGGAGGGCCACGGCCCUGGGGGUCUGAACGGAGCAGAGCUGGGGCUGGGCCUGGGGCUGGGGCUGGGCAUGGCAGGCAGGGAGACGGACAGAGAUAGACACAGAGAGAGGGAUGGAGGAGGAGGGGAUCUACUGUGUACCCUGUCAUCAGAGGUUAGGAGGUCAAGGGAGAGCCUAUUGGAUUCUCCUCAUAACCCUAACUCCGCCUCCAAUCCUGGUCAAGCCCCGCCCUCGUCGAUCUCGAGCAUCAGCCAGACUAACAAGGGCAUCAACGUCAAGGAGAUUCUGAAGAGCCUUGUGGCCGCACCCCUGGACGGUGGGGAGGCGGGACAGGAAGUUGGCCCCACCCCCUACCACCCUGACCCCGCCCUCAAGACACACCCCAUGCUGCCCAUGCAGUUCCACUCCUUCGACAGGUCGGUGAUGGUGCCAGUCAAGAAGCCCCCUCCCGGCAGCCUGUCAGUCAACACAGUGGGAACGCCCACCACCAGCGGAGCGGCCACACCUGGAAGCACACCUAACAUCUUCGCUGCUGCCACGGCAACGCCCAAGAGCAUGAUCAACACCACAGGUGCCACAGACUCUGCCUCCUCUUCCUCUUCCUCUUCCUCCUCCUUCAUCAACGGAGCGACCAGUAAGAACCUACCAGCCGUACAGACAGUGGCUCCAAUGCCUGAAGACUCCGUUGAGAGCAUGAGUGCCUAUUGUGAGGUGGAGCAGUGUGCACUGCGCAGCGGUUUGACGCCGCCUGAGCUCAAGCCCUUUAGCUCUCUGGCAGGCUUCCAGACAGCCCCCCGUGAUGCAGGACAGUGUCUUAGUAUCACCACUAAGUUGGAACGUGCGCUGGAGAAGGUGGCCCCACUCCUGAGGGAGAUCUUUGUGGACUUUGCUCCGUUCCUCUCUAGGACCCUGUUGGGUAGCCACGGCCAGGAGCUGCUCAUUGAAGGUCUGGUCUGUAUGAAGUCCAGUACUUCAGUAGUAGAGCUGGUUAUGCUGCUCUGCUCUCAGGAGUGGCAGAACUCUAUCCAGAAGAACGCUGGUCUGGCCUUCAUAGAGCUCAUCAACGAGGGAAGAUUGCUGUGCCAUGCUAUGAAGGACCACAUUGUGCGUGUGGCCAACGAGGCUGAGUUUAUCCUCAACAGACAGAGAGCUGAAGACGUACACAAACACGCUGAGUUUGAGUCUAACUGUGCCCAGUACGCUGCUGACAGGAGGGAGGAGGAGAAGAUGUGUGAUCACCUGAUCAGUGCUGCCAAGCACAGGGACCAUGUGACCGCCAACCAAUUAAAACAGAAGAUACUCAACAUCCUGACCAAUAAGCACGGGGCGUGGGGCACGAUGUCACAGAGCCAAUUACAUGACUUCUGGCGUCUGGAUUACUGGGAGGACGACCUGAGGAGGAGGCGUAGAUUCGUACGGAACCCCUUUGGUUCCACCCACCCUGACGUUUCACUCAAAGCCCUGGAGGACUAUGGUACUGAGGAGGAGGAAGAGGAGGGGCUAAAGUCUAAGAAGAUGUUCCGCAGCCAAUCAGUGGUCAGUCAGAACCCGGAGGCGGAGCUUAUGCUGGAGGGAGACGACGACGCUGUGAGUCUGCUGCAGGAGAAAGAGAUGGACAACCUGGCAGGCCCUGUGGUGCUCAGUACUCCAGCCCAGCUGGUAUCUCCAGUAGUGGUGGUCCAUGGUACUCUCUCCAUCACCACCACUGAGAUCUACUUUGAGGUGGACGAGGACGACCCGGCCUUCAAGAAGAUCAACACCAAGGUCCUGGCCUACUCUGAGGGUCUACAUGGCAAGUGGAUGUUCAGUGAGAUCAGAGCGGUGUUCUCCAGACGAUACCUGCUCCAGAACACUGGUCUAGAGGUCUUCAUGGCUAACCGCACGUCUGUGAUGUUCAACUUCCCGGACCAGGCUACAGUGAAGAGGGUGGUCUACAGUCUACCCAGGGUGGGAGUAGGAACCAGCUACGGACUGCCUCAGGCCAGGCGUAUCUCCUUGGCGACCCCUCGUCAGCUGUUUAAGUCGUCCAACAUGACCCAGCGCUGGCAGAGGAGGGAGAUCUCCAACUUCGAAUACCUCAUGUUCCUCAACACCAUCGCAGGGAGGACCUACAAUGAUCUGAACCAGUACCCAGUGUUUCCGUGGGUUCUCACUAACUAUGAGUCAGAGGAGCUGGACCUCACUCUGCCCGGCAACUUCAGAGACCUAUCCAAGCCAAUCGGAGCGUUGAACCCAAAGCGAGCGGUGUUCUAUGCGGAACGCUAUGAGACCUGGGAGGAGGACGGAACACCACCGCAUCACUACAGUUCCCUGUACUCUACUGCUAACACCACACUGCUGUGGAUGCUGCGGAUAGAGCCCUUCACCACGUUCUUCCUGAAUGCCAAUGAGAACCAGUUUGACCACCCUGACAGAGCCUUCUCUGGCAUCGCACGGGCAUGGAGGGACUGCCAACGAGACACUGCUGACGUCAAGGAGUUGAUCCCAGAGUUCUAUUACCUCCCAGAGAUGUUUGUUAACAGCAGUGGUUAUGAGCUGGGACAGAGAGAGGACGGGACUCCUGUGUCUGACAUACAACUGCCAGCCUGGGCCAAGAAACCUGAGGACUUUGUACGCAUCAACCGCAUGGCGUUGGAGAGUGAGUUUGUGUCUUGCCAGCUGCACCAGUGGAUAGAUCUGAUAUUUGGUUAUAAGCAGCGAGGGCCCGAGGCUGUACGAGCUCUCAACGUCUUCCAUUUCCUGUCCUACGAGGGCUCCGUCACCUUGGAUACUAUCACCGACCCCACACAGCGGGAGUCGAUGGAGUCCCAGAUCCAGGCGUGUGGUCAGACUCCAUCUCAGCUGCUGAUUGAGCCACACCCCCCUCGCUCCUCCGCCAUGCACCUGUGUUUCCUUCCCCAGAGUCCUCUGAUGUUUAAGGACCAGAUGCAGCAGGAUGUGAUCAUGGUGCUGAAGUUUCCCUCCAACUCCCCUGUGACCCACGUAGCAGCCAACACCCUGCCCCACCUCUCUGUCCCUGCUGCUGUCACCGUCACCUGCAGCAGACUGUUCGCUGUCAACCGCUGGCACAACACCGUCGGUCUCCGCGGUGCUCCAGGUUACUCCCUAGAACAGGCUCAUCACCUGCCCAUAGAGAUGGACCCUCUCAUAGCCAACAACUCUGGUGUGAGUAAGCGUCAGAUCACAGACCUGGUGGACCAGAGCAUCCAGAUCAACACACACUGCUUCGUGGUUACCGCCGACAACCGCUACAUCCUGGUCUGUGGCUUCUGGGACAAGAGCUUCAGAGUCUACUCCACCGAGACAGGUAAACUGACCCAGAUAGUGUUUGGCCACUGGGACGUGGUGACGUGUCUGGCCCGGUCAGAGAGCUACAUCGGGGGGGACUGUUACAUCGUGUCAGGGUCCAGAGACGCUACCCUGCUGCUGUGGUACUGGAGUGGACGACACCACAUCAUAGGAGACAACCCCAACAACAGUGACUACCCUGCUCCUAGAGCUGUGCUAACGGGUCACGACCAUGAGGUGGUGUGUGUGUCCGUCUGCGCUGAGCUGGGAUUGGUCAUCAGUGGGGCCAAAGAGGGUCCAUGCCUGGUCCAUACUAUAACAGGGGACCUGCUGCGGGCCCUGGAGGGCCCAGAGUUGUGCCUGAGGCCCCGCCUCAUCUCUGUGUCCAGUGAGGGCCACUGUAUCAUCUGUUAUGAGAGAGGACGCUUCUGUAACUUCAGCAUCAACGGGAAACUACUGGCUCAAAUGGAGGUCAACGACUCUACACGGGCGAUCCUGCUGAGUAGUGAUGGUCAGAACCUGGUGACAGGAGGAGACAACGGGGUGGUGGAGGUGUGGCAGGCCUGUGACUUCAAACAGCUCUACAUCUACCCUGGCUGUGACGCUGGCAUCCGCGCCAUGGACCUCUCUCACGACCAGAGGACUCUGAUCACUGGCAUGGCAUCUGGCAGCAUCGUCGCUUUCAACAUCGACUUCAACCGCUGGCACUACGAACACCAGAACAGGUACUGAGGAGGAGGAAGAGGAGGAGGAAGAUGAGGAAGAGGAAGAGAGGAGGAGGAAGAAGAUGAGGAAGAUGAGGA